GCGGGCGGCAGGCGGCGCAGGGCGGAUAAGAGCGCGGCGGGCGGAGGCGCCUGCGAGCGCGGCGCCCUGUCCGCGCCGAGCGGAAAAGGUGCUUGUGCUCUCUUCUAGAGCUGGAUGAGACACUGCUUGGAGAGAGAAAUGUGUUCAUCAUUAGUCUGUUUUACUUGAUUUAAGCUACUUCCAGAAAAGCUGAGAGAAUGGUGGCUGGGAGAAUGUUUGUUGACUGCUCGAUAGUGUGAAGUCAUGGCUAUCCUGUUUGCUGUUGUUGCAAGGGGCACAACCAUACUUGCCAAACAUGCCUGGUGUGGAGGAAACUUCCUGGAGGUGACAGAGCAGAUCCUGGCAAAGAUACCAUCCGAAAACAACAAACUCACCUAUUCUCAUGGGAAUUACCUGUUUCAUUACAUUUGCCAAGACAGGAUUAUAUACCUCUGCAUCACAGAUGAUGACUUUGAACGAUCUAGAGCCUUCAACUUCCUGAAUGAAAUAAAGAAGAGGUUUCAGACCACAUAUGGCUCAAGAGCACAGACAGCCCUUCCAUACGCUAUGAACAGCGAAUUCUCGAGUGUCUUAGCUGCACAACUGAAAUACCAUUCAGAGAGCAAGGGUACUGACCAGGUGGCAGAGACGCAAGCCCAAGUUGAUGAACUUAAAGGAAUCAUGGUUCGAAACAUAGACCUAGUGGCACAGAGAGGAGAGAAGCUGGAGUUGCUGAUUGAUAAAACAGAGAAUCUUGUGGAUUCGUCAGUCACCUUCAAAACUACCAGCAGGAACCUUGCUAGAGCCAUGUGUAUGAAGAACCUCAAGCUUACCAUCAUAAUCAUCAUUGUAUCAAUUGUAAUCAUCUAUAUUAUUGUAUCAGCUGCCUGUGGUGGGCUUGCAUGGCCAAGCUGUGUGCAGAAGUAACUGGAGGAGAGUGGUGCUGGUCAGUUGAAGAUGAGAAUCACAGGAGUCUGAAGAAUCAACCUACAGAAUAACUCUUAAUCUUUCACUACUGACACCUUUUCAUUCUUCCAUCCCUCCUGGACUUCAGACUUUUUUUGCCUUACCAACCCAAACAGGCCCAACUGGUCCCUGCUUCUGUGCAGCUGUAACCUCAAGAAUGGGCUGUUUUAAAUUACUUGAAGGAAUUCUUUGUUCUUCUGUCCCAACUACAACCUUCUCAGCUGGGUGGGCGGUACAGCCAGCUCUGAAGCGUGUGUGCAUGUUUGCCCAUAUGUACAUGCAGCUUUGCACUUCCAUGUGAAUGUGUUAAGUGGACAACAGUAUUGCUAGCAGCUGUCCUACCCCCAGGAUUGUCUUGGAGAGUAGUUCAGGGUGGGCUGAGCCAAACUAAUGGGGGAGGGAAGAAAUGGGAUGUGAGUGGAUUUCUGUUUCUUACAAAUAAGAGAUCCAAGUGACUCUCUGCAUACCUGGCUGUAUAUGGAAGCAUGUAGCCCUUCUGUAGUGUUCAACAGCUCGAAGGUGCCAGUGCAGUAUUGGUAGUAACAAAAAGGCCUGGGGUAGAGGUCUGUGCACUGUAAGAUGUAAGUGCUGCUUCUGUAUGAAAUCUCCCUUUUCCUGGAGGUCUUUCUGGAGUUGGUAGGAGAGGGUGUUAGGUCACCUCAACACUUUGGAAUGGCCUUCGUCCUUGCUAUCCCCCCCCUUAAUUUGUAGCUAAAUCCUUACAGUAAAGGAGAUGGUUGCAUAUGGUUAAUGCUGCAAUAAUGCAUCUGCUUUGUCACAUGUCAUUUCUCUUUAUUUUGAGGGUGGACUGAAGUUAAUACUAAUGUUAUCACUUGCUGGGAUGAAACUGGGAGCCAGUUUAUUGAUCUGGCUUGAUAAGCUGUCAGGUAUCACCUGCUUAUGUUUUUAUGCUGAAGGUUUGUGCUAAAAACUGAGUACAGAGAAGGGACAGCACACUGGAUUUGAUGCAUAGUUACUUUUUUUUCUGUUGGUCUGAAGAGGAAAGGCUUUUUCAGAGGAUCUAGUAACUGAUACUUAAAAAAAAAAAAAAAAAAAAAAAUCCUCCAAGGCUAAUAACCAAAUGUAGGGUUGGGUCCCCUGAUGAUAUGUUGCUGUUGGAAUACAGGGCAAAAUCUUUGACUGCUUUUGCUAGUGUCAAAAGCUGACUGUGAACAGCUUAUAUCUGUCCUACCAGCCCUGGGAAAGGAGGGCUGCACAACAAGGAAGCAGGGCAGCAUGGGGGUUUGAAGUUCUGGCUGACUGGAUCAGAAGCUGUUGUUGCCUGGAGGGUGUGAGUGGCUUACAGACUUCAGUCUUAUAUCUUACAGGCUCAUUCUUCAAGAGGAGAAAUGGAAACAACUGAAAUCUGAUGAAGGCAUCAGAUGGUCUAAUAAGGAGCUGCUUUUUUUUUGGCCCAGAGAAGUGGCUUGCUUCUAAUGGUGGGUGGAAGUUGUGCAGGUAUGGGAAAGGGAGACUUAAUUCAGUGGCUAAACUCUUGCACUUGGCUGGUGCCAUGUAAUCUGACUUUACAUAGUGUUUAUACAUCUUAGUUCCUUCCUUCCUUAUGUGGGCCCUCUGAGCUGUGUGAGAUGGGCUUGCAGGGCGAUGAAAUUAAAUUGCUGCUCUUCCACAUCCUUUUCUCAGUGUGUGCUACACCAACUUUGGAGUUUUCAGGCAGGUCCUGGGUAAAGAGUUCUCAGGUGAGCUUGGUGUUACUUGGAUUUGUCUUCUACUAGGCUAAAAUUUAAAGAAUAGUCAGAUCUUGAUAUGCAGAAAGCAUCAGUGACUUCAGAUCAGCAUUGUGGUCACUUGCAUCUUUCUAUUUUGUUAGUCCAAUGUACAGCUCAUAGAAAGAUUUUGGUCCUCUUGAAAUGGCUUAUCUGGAAAAGGAUGUGGAAGAGAGCUUUCCUUGCUCUCCUUGUUACUUGUACAGCCACCCACAGCUCAGUGUGCAAUUAUGCAUGUUUUAGGGACUGAUGUUGCUGUGUUCAUUUCUAUGAUUUGUCUUAUGUAUAACACUUUUUAAAGAAAAGACUUCCUCUCCUUUUAAAAGAUGCACUGAGGCAUUAGUGUAAAACAAAGUUAACCUGGUUUAAAUAAAAUUGCUGUAGAGAAAGCAGCUUUCCUUAGUUUUGUGAAAGCUCAUUUUGCACAAGAUGGAGACAAGCAGUAGGAACUACUCUCCUUUUGGCUAGAGCUCCAAAGCAGUUGCUUUCCCUGAGGGUGUGGGGCUCUGUAACAGUGCAGGUCCAAGCUUGGUAUCACCCAGCAAGGCUUCUGGAGAAAUUGCCUGUAGAAAGUCUGCUCUGAAGUACCAUUACCACAAAUCUAUCAGCAAUGAAAGAAUUGUGGUGUUUUGUUUUUUGAAGGUUUGAUGCAGGUGCUAGUCUGUCAUGACUUAAUUUCUUGAGAAGGGAAAAUCUUUUCUUUUCCCUUUCAUGAAUUCAUAGCAUCUGUAAGUGCCUUAUAAAGAGGGCUGCUGAAUCAGUCUGGGGACAGCUGCCCACUUGCUCAGAGUAUGUGUCAGGGUGGAAAGAAUACAGAAGAACACAAGUGGUGGCAAUAUGCCUGCUGCUCAGUACAGGUGACCUAGUCCAGUAAGAACCUGCACUGAGUAAAGGUUGCUAUUACUGGAAGCCAAGUGAACAUCUGUGAACCCUUUGUUUUGAAGGAAACUUUCAGUGGCAUUAGAGAGCUAAAUCCCUAGUAAUGAAUACCCUUUUCCUCCAGUCUUGUCUUGGAAGAGCACUGGCUUUUUUUCUGUGGGUGUAUACCAUACCAUGCCAGAGUGAUUAUGGCAGCAUUGACUGAGCUCACCAUCUUGCACUAGAGUCUCUGUAAAAGUUUGGUGGCCUUUCAUCUACCUCAGGAAUGUUAAGUGCUUAUGUAGUAUAAGGUGUUGGGAGUAGGCUCAUGCAUCACUAUGAGGGAGUUGGAUUUCCUCUUAAACUUGCAGAAACAGUUCAAGCUGAAUUGAUUGUUAUCUUGGAUCUAGGUAAAGAAAACAUGCAUCCUAAUGGCGUAUCUCUUAGGGCUUUAGCUGAUAGAGUAUAAAAAUGCAAAGACUGACCACCUGGUGUGAAAAUGGCUUAGAGAAUGAAAGGAUCUGUAAUUUGAAUUAACAUCUUAGUAGUCUGAUUAGUGGGUUUUUUUGUGCUUCAUACUUCUGAUCUGUGGACCAAAAGCCAAAGAGAUGGCUCCCUUCAGAAAAGGGAUGACCAUCUUAAAGUACUUGACAUUUUUUUAUAAAACAGGAUACUGACCAUGAAUUCAAGCAGAAGCUAACUUCAGAUUAAGGCCCUUGUUAACCUUCUUGCUUACUUCUGUAUGAGCCUAUGGUCCACCUGAAAACAUGUAUCUCCAACUCUGCAUCUUUCUUUAGAGAUAUUUAUCCUGCAGCUCUUCCUAGAAAUUACUACAUGUCUGAUGAGCUUUAAAUAGCUUAAGAUUGUAUUCUGGCUAAACAUCUUACAUCACUGCAAAGUUUUGUUCUUUACCUACCAUUAAAUGUCUGGUUAAAAUAAAUAGCAGCAGCUGUCUGGAUGUUAGGAGGCUACAGAAGAAUACCCUGCCUUUAAAGUGCAGGCACGCUCUUACUCUCAGCAUACUGACCAAAAUAAAGACAAGAGAUGAUUUCUUAAACAAUUGCAAAAUCUAA